GCGGAACGGAGCAGUGGCGAAGGGAACUCCCAGAACAUUCCGGAGUCGAUGCAUCGCGGCAGCUCGGAAAACAACCUGGAUCUGGACCUGAGCGACAUCCCAGACUCCCAACGCUACCUCGACUCCUCCCACCGCAGCCUAGACUCCUCCUACCGCUCCCUUCCCCCCGGACUCAACAGCCUGCAGCAGAAGAUCCUCAGGGUUUGUUGUUUAAUGGUUAUAAAGAUCUCCUAGAGUUUAGAAUGGUGGGCUAGCAACAGGAGGGAUCCAAAGGCCGAUUGGAAAAUCUUGUGGGGAGUGGCCCGCAAGAAGGUUCCUGGCAUAAGUAUCCUAGAUGCAAUCUCUUGCCAUUAUACCCUGCCAUUAUACAAUGUGUUUGUGUGCCUAGCAGGUUUGGGUUAAAAUAAAAACAAAUUCUGUGGACUAUAAGGAUCAUGGUAAAGAACAAGAAGGCCCGUUUAUGCUCCCAAUUCACCACUUUAUUGACAACGUACCGAUCCAAAACAGAUUUUCGUCAGGUCAAACGGACUGAGUGCUCACAUUGCAAAAUAUACACAUUUCACCUCGCAUGACCAUUAAGGCAUCCACAUGCCUCCCAGCCUGAAGAGUUCGGAAGAGUUAGUGUAUAUAUUAUGAUGACAUUUUGUGAAGUUUUUCUUCGUUUUGGACACAACAUUUUUUCUCACGGCAAGCCUAAGUCGGUAGCCAAAGUCUUACGCCCCUUCAUCUGUGAUUGGUCAACGGUAGGGAUUCUUCAAUAAUGUCUUUAUUGUCAUUCAACGAGAGAUGACUAGUUUUCAUGCACAUUUUUUCAUUGAGAAAUACUGCACCAAACAUCUUAGUUAGAUGUCAAAUUGAGCAACUAAGAUCUCCUCGGCAAAAAUGUCUAAAUUAAAUUAAUUUCUUGAGUUAUCUUAGAUUAAUUCUGACUAUUUUGAGGAAGUGUAUACUGGCUACGGCGUCUCAAAAUGGACAAACAGUAUUAUCAAAGAUUUGUAUCACUAACCCAAGAUAGACCACAGCCUGUCGUUUCCAAUGGGAGCAGAGUAUGUGAGUGGAGUUGCGCACUGCUCUGGCGCUCCAUGUCCUUUCCUACCACUCUGCUCCACUCUCACAGGAAAAAAAACUCCCGCUCCAAAUUCACUCCAUUCAUUAAAAUCACAAUUUAACCAACACCCAUCUAUUUUUGUGACUACCUGGACCUACUAAUUGGUUUUUAAGUAUCGAAACCAAACCAUAUGGAUUUCAAUGAAAAGUAUUUGAAUAAACAUGAAAAGUUGAAUGUAAGAAGCGAACAUCAUUUCAAAUAGGCUACGUCGUAUUAAACAGCAUAUAAACACUCUAAAUAGGAGCCAGACAGGAAGCCUAAGAAGGAACAAAAAUCAAUUAUUUAAGCUAUAUUAUUUCAAUUAUUUCAAGGCUAUAGCCUACAAAGUACAUUGUGAAAGAUUUGCGAGUGCGACACAAUAAAGCGCGCAGCAUUUAAACAACAUUUUGUUGUAAAUCAUUAUAGUCUAUAAAUUGCGCAUAUAGGCUGUGGCUUACUUACAAUUAAAUAGAAAUAAAAUGAAAAAUGACUUAUUAGGCUCAGUGCCUUUGAAUUCAUUUUUAGAAACAAGAGUUUGGCCAGUCUGUGGCUUCAGGCUCAUGCGAUGGUGCCUGGAGAACAGGCCAGCAGUGGAAAAUAUCCUCUCCACGCUUGCAGAGCCACUGGGGAUGCUAAACACCCUUUUGACCACUCUUGCCAGGCUGGGCAGAGAUGCAGAGUUGUUAAAAAAAAAAUCGAAAGGUUUUUAGGCAAAAUAACCCAAUCAAAACAGAAUGCUCCUUGAACGUGGGAAUAUGCCAGGCCUAUUGGGUCAAACUCAAUUAUGGCCUUUUGUAUAGAUAAUAGAACAAAAAUGAAGGAAACAUUUUAGAGAUCUGAUAUUUGGCUUAUAAAUACUUUGCUACAAUGACACAGUUAGCUACCCACCUCGUUCCUUUAUUUUAGCACGUAGUAAGUACACAUCAUACUUUUGGGUAAAUGUAUUUUCAGAUUCCACAAUGAUUCUUUAGUUGUGGACACUACAUCACUGCACUCCCUCUCUUGCUCUUGGUCCUCAUCUACUGGAGCGAAAUUGGAGCAGGCGAGAAGGCCGACGCGCCAACCUUUGGGAAUGUGUCUCCACGCUCCAGUCAAAUUGGGCACGUUCCGCUCCUCGCUCCGCUCACAUACUCUGAAUGGGAGUACAUUUGUCAUAGUGGACAGAACAAGCAAGAUGUGGGCAGAGCCAAGGACGAGCUAGCGAGACCCUAUUGGCUCGUUCUAGCAUGUAUUUGCAUAUUUCCAUUAGGGAACGCCUACUCUGUGAAGUGCGUGUGUGCAAUAACUCAAUUCGCCCUUGCACUCCUUCUAAACAACACACUUUUUUGAAACUUUGGCAAAGGGUAAAGUCUACAAACCUUAGCCCACUCUAUUCGUAGCAGAUUCUAGUUUUGGAAACAGAGAACUGUAUUGAGAUCAAAUGUUUCAGGACUUUUGAUCAGAGAAAGCCUGUGGUCCCGCAUUUAAUGGAGGCUCGUCACAUCAGCUCUCUGAGAUACAGUACAUUGGUAUCGAACAUGUUAAGGCUCCUAGGAGGGGGGAGAUACUGAUAAUAUAUUACUGAGAAAAUAAUUGUAUUGGAUUCACAAUUGAUCCAACCAUGUCUCCUAAAGGUCUGAACCAAGAGUUUGAUAUCAGACCAUUUCUUCUUCUUUCUGAAUAUGUUACGUUGAUUUAUUAAAAAUAUCACAUUUACAUAAGUAUUCAGACCCUUUACUCAGUACUUUGUUGAAGCACCUUUGGCAGCGAUUACAGCCUUGAGUCUAAUUGAGUAUGACGCUACAAGCUUGGCACACCUGUAUUUGGAGAGUUUCUCCCAUUCUUCACUGCAGAUCCUCUCAAGCUCUGUCAGGUUGGAUGGGGAGUGUUGCUGCACAGCUAUUUUCAGGUCUCUCCAGAGAUGUUCUAUCGGGUUCAAGUCCGGGCUUUGGCUGGGUCACUCAAAGACAUUCAGAGACUUGUCCCGAAGCCACUCCUGCGUUGUCUUGGCUGUGUGCUUAGAGUCGUUGUCCUGUUGGAAGGUGAACCUUCACCUUCACCCCAUAUCUCCGAAUGCACUGUAUGUACCUCUGUGAUUAAUUAUGAUUGACUAUGCGCAAAAGUGAAUUGAAUUGUGUGAAAUGUGAAAUGUGUAUAUUUUGGGAUAUGAGCACUCAGUCUGUUUGACCUGAUGAAGAUCCGUUUCGGAUGGAAACGUUAUCAAUAAAGCGGUGAAUUGGGAGCAUAAACAGUGUGCGGGCCUUCCUGUUCUUUACAAGUAUUCUUUAUUAGUCCAGCACCUACGUUUUUAAGGAUGUGCGUAUGACCACAUACUUUUCUGUAAGGAACAUGGACCAUAAAGUAUCCUUCUUCUCCUUCCCAAGGUGACAGAGCAGCUGAAGAUUGAGCAGGAGUUGCGAGACGACAAUGUGGCAGAGUACCUGAAACUGGUGAACAGUGCUGACAAGCAGCAGGUGAUUACCUUUUAACUUUUUAACGGUUGUACUUUUCUUUCUUGCACACACACUUGUAUUUUCUUACUAGCAUUGAUUUUGCUGCAGAUAGGGUUUCAUUGAUCGUGACAUCUUUGAUGAAUGCACUGAUUGCAAGUCACUCUGGUUAAUAGCAUCUGAUUGCUAAAUAUGCCCCGUAUGUAAAUGUUGAAAAUGCAGGUGGGGCGCAUCAAGCAUGUGUUUGAGAAGAAGAACCAGAAGUCAGCCCACAGCAUUGCCCACAUGCAGAAAAAGCUGGAACAGUAUCAUAAAAAGAUGAAGGACAGCAGUGAAAAGGACACCAGCUCCAAACACCACAGCAUCUCUAAAGAGAGCUCCAGGGACAUGCUGAGCCACACCGUGAGCAAUGUGAGCAGUUGUAGUGGACGACACCCCCUGGACAAGAUCAAGACAGUAGGGCCUGGCGUCUCGCUCUCGCCACCCUUCUUUUUCAGCAAGCCCCGGGACUUUGCCAACCUCAUCAGGUACUGAUGCAGUGCUCCAUGCUGACCAUGUGGGUGUGUCAGUGGGUGGGUGUAGCUGUGGUGUGUGUGUGUGUGUGUGUGUGUGUGUGUGUGUGUGUGUGUGUGUGUGUGUGUACACAGUGGAGGGAUUUUGGUUCUUGGACAGAAGAGACAGCUUGUCUUAUCACACACCCUGGCUGCAGUGGAUACGGAUUGAUCAGGCCACCAUAUAUUAACAAAUCUGUGUCCUAUGACGAUAGAUAAUAAUAAUAUUUUUUCUAUUUUUCUUCAGGAACAAGUUUGGCAGUGCCGACAACAUCGCUCACCUGAAGACCUCCCUCGACACGCCCUCUCCCUUCCACUCUGAAGGAACUGGGCGGGCCUUGAGUGGGAGCGCCACCAUAGUGGGCGGGAAGACCCCCACCCCCGCCGCCACACCCACGCCCAAGUACACCAGCGAUGACGAGUGUUCCUCGGGCACGUCCCUGUCGGCGGACAGCAACGGGAACGCAAUGGCUCUGGGCGUUGGGCUGGGUCUAGAAGUGGGUGUCGGGGCUGUGGUGACCCCAGGGCAGAUCCUGGAGGCUGGGGACAGCCAGGGGAGGCUGGGCCUGACCACGGAGGAGGUGAGGGAGAUCAGGGAGGCCCAGGGGCAACUGGAGGAGGACAUGGAGGGAUUCAGGACCCAGUUCAAGAAAGACUAUGGCUUCAUCACCCAGACGCUACAGGAGGAGAGAUACAGGUCAGGUCACAGUCAUAUACACUAUACAGUUGAAGUCGGAAGUUUACACACACCUUAGCCAAAUACAUUUAAACUCAGUUUUUCACAAUUCCUGACAUUUAAUCCUAGUAAAAAUUCCCUGUUUUAGGUCAGUUAGGAUCACCACUUUAUUUUAAUAAUGUGAAAUGUCAGAAUAAUAGUAGAGAGUGAUUUAUUUCAGCUUUUAUUUCUUUCAUCACAUUCCCAGUGGGUCAGAAGUUUACAUACACUCAAUUAGUAUUUGGUAGCAUUGCCUUUAAAUUGUUUAACUUGGGUCAAAUGUUUCGGGUAGCCUUCCACAAGCUUCCCACAAUAAGUUGGGUGAAUUUUGGCCCAUUCCUCCUGACAGAGCUAGUGUAACUGAGUCAGGUUUGUAGGCCUCCUAUAGGAUUGAGGUCAGGGCUUUGUGAUGGCCACUCCAAUACCUUGACUUUGUUGCCCUUAAGCCAUUUUGCUACAACUUUGGAAGUAUGCUUGGGGUCAUUGUCCAUUUGGAAGACCCAUUUGCGACCAAGCUUUAACUUCCUGACUGAUGUCUUGAGAUGUUGCUUCAAUAUAUCUACAUAAUUUUCCUUCCUCAUGAUGCUAUCUAUUUUGUGAAGUGCACCAGUCCCUCCUGCAGCAAAGCACCCCCACAGCAUGAUGCUGUCACCCCUAUUCUUCACGGUUGGGAUGGUGUUCUUUGGCUUGCAAGCCACCCCCUUUUUCCUCCAAACAUAAUAAUGGUCAUUAUGGCCAAACAGUUCUAUUUUUGUUUCAUCAGACUAGAGGACAUUUCUCCAAAAAGUACGAUCUUUGUCCCCAUGUGCAGUUGCAAACCGUAGUCUGGGUUUUUUAUGGCGGUUUUGGAGCAGUGGCUUCUUCCUUGCUGAGCGGCCUUUCAGGUUAUGUUGAUAUAGGACUCAUUUUACUGUGGAUAUAGAUACUUUUAUACCUGUUUCUUCCAGCAUCUUCACAAGGUCCUUUGCUGUUGUUCUGGGAUUGAUUUGCACUUUUCGCACCAAAGUACAUUCAUCUCUAGGAGACAGAACGCGUCUCCUUCCUGAGCGGUAUGACGGCUGCGUGGUCCCAUGGUGUUUAUACUUGCGUACUAUUGUUUGUACAGAUGAACGUGGUACCUUCAGGCGUUUGGAAAUUGCUCCCAAGGAUGAACCAGACUUGUGGAGGUCUACAAUUUAUUUUCUGAGGUCUUGGCUGAUUUCUUUUGAUUUUCCAAUGAUGUCAAGCAAAGAGGCACUGAGUUUGAAGGUAGGCCUUGAAAUACAUUCACAGUUACACCUCCAAUUGACUCAAAUGAUGUCAAUUAGCCUAUCAGAAGCUUCUAAAGCCAUGACAUCGUUUUCUGGAAUUUUCCAAGCUAUUUAAAGGCACAGUCAACUUAGUGUAUGUAAACUUCUGACCCACUGGAAUUGUGAUACAGUGAAUUAUAAGUGAAAUAAUCUGUCUGUAAACAAUUGUUGUAAAAAUGACUUGUGUCAUGCACAAAGUAGAUGUCCUAACCAACUUGCCAAAACUAUAGUUUGUUAACAAGAAAUGUGUGGAGUGGUUGAAAAACGAGUUUUAAUGACUCCAACCUAAGUGUAUGUAAACUUCCGACUUCAUUUGUGUGUGGACACCCCUUCAAAUUAGUGGAUUCGGCUAUUUCAGCCACACCCGUUGAAAAAAAAUCGAGCGCACAGCCAUGCAAUCUCCAUAGACAAACAUUGGCAGUAGAAUGGCCUUACUGAAGAGCUCAGUGACUUUCAACGUGGCACCGUCAUAGAAUGCCACCUUUCCAACAAAUCAGUUUGUCAAAUUUCUGCCCUGCUAGAGCUGCCCCGGUCAACUGUAAGAGCUGUUAUUGUGAAAUGGAAACGUCUAGGAGCAACAACGGCUCAGCCGCAAAGUGGUAGGCCACACAAGCUCACAGAACAGGACUGCCGAGUUCUGAACGUAAAAAUCGUCUAUCCUCGUUUGCAACACUCACUACCGUGUUCCAAACUGCCUCUGGAAGCAACGUCAGCACAAUAACUGUUCGUCGGGAGCAUCAUGAAAUGGGUUUCCAUGGCCGAGCAGCCGCACACAAGCCUAAGAUCACCUUGCUCAAUGUCAAGUGUCGGCUAGAGUGGAGUAAAUCUCGCCGCCCAUUGGACUCUGGAGCAGUGGAAAACGUGUUUCUUUGGAGUGAUGAAUCAUGCUUCACCAUCUGGCAAUCCGACGGACGAAUCUGGGUUUGGUGGAUGCCAGAAGAACGCUACCUGCCAAUUGUAAAGUUUGGUGGAGGAGGAAUGAUGGUCUGGGGCUGUUUUUCAUGGUUCGGGCUAGGUCCCUUAGUUCCAGUGAAGGGAAAUCUUAACGCUACAGCAUAGAAUGACAUUCUAGACAAUCCGGUGCAUUCCAACUUUGUAGCAACAGUUUGGGGAAGGCCCUUUCCUCUUUCAGCAUGACAAUGCCCCCGUGCACAAAGCGAGGUCCAUACAGAAAUGGUUUGUCGAGAUCGGUGUGGAAGAACUUGACUGGUCUGCACAGAGCCCUGACCUCAACCCCAUCGAACACCUUUGGGAUGAAUUGGAAUGCCGACUGCGAGCCAGCCUAAUCGCCCAACAUCAGUGCCCAACCUCACUAAUGCUCUUGUGGCUUAAUGGAAGCAAGUCCCCGCAGCAAUGUUCCGACAUCUAGUGGAAAGCCUUCCCAGAAGAGUGGAGGCUGUUAUAGCAGCAUAAGGGGGACCAACUCCAUAUUAAUGCCCAGGAUUUUUGAAUGAGAUGUACGACGAGCAGGUGUCCACAUACGUUGAUCAUGUAGUGUACAAGCUCCAUUUCAAUAAGUUACUAUUACAACUAUGACAAGCUCCAUUUCAGUAGGAACUACAGUAGGAACUGUUGUUGUAAAAGAGAAUGUUCUUCAUGAGGAGAGAUACAGGUCAGAUUACUUGAUCAGCAUUAUUAAACCUCCAUUACAAUACAGAAGUAACUACAACAGCAGGAACAUAACUAAAAUGUUAGGUAAUCCCUCUCACUGCACUUGCCAGUAUCACUUUUUUAUUAAGCUUAUGCGUCGACAUCAUAUUACACAGGUGGUGUUAGUCCCAUCAUCUAUCGGCAAUCUUCUUUUUUUGCCUGUUAUUUUUUGCUUGUCUCCAGCUGGUCUUGUUGCUAUGUAUGCUGCCAGCGAAUGACCAAUCCACAGAAUGAAAUAUAACACUAGUAUACUACACAAUAGUAUUGUAUUUUAUCUCUAUGGAUCAAUCAUUGUCUAUAAUUCAAAUUCAUGGUAGAAUGACCAAUUUGAGUGUUUUUGUCAUUCUAUUUCCUGGUAGGUAUGACCAAUCACAGUGUAAAUAUAAUUGUAUUUCCUGGUAGGUGUGAGCGGUUGGAGGACCAGCUGAAUGAUCUGACUGAGCUCCACCAGGCCGAGACAGCCGACCUGAAACAGGAGCUGGCCAGCAUUGAGGAGAGAGUGGCCUACCAAGCCUACGAGAGGGCUAGAGACAUACAGGUACUGUACUGGUGCAUUGCUACUGGCGUCAGCGCAAUGACAGUAGCUAGCUGUUUUCUAGACAGGGUUUAUUGACCACGUUCUCCCUCCCCUCCACAGGAGGCGCUAGAGUCAUGCCAGACGCGCGUCUCUAAACUAGAGCUCCAGCAGCAGCAGCAACAAACCGUCCAGCUCGAGUCCCGUGAUGCCAGGGUGCUUCUGGGUAAAAGCAUCAACAUCAUGCUCGCCAUUGUCACCGUGAUCCUUGUAUGCGUCUCCACGGCCGCCAAGUUCGCCGCUCCCCUCCUGCGGAGCAGACGCCACGUUAUGGGAACCUUCCUGGGCAUGUGUCUGCUGGCGCUGUUCUGGAGGAACUGGGAGAGUCUACAGUGUGCUGUGGAGAGGGUCCUGGUGCCAGCCUGAGGGGGACAAUAGUCUAAUGCUGUCCAUGCCAUUCACUGCAACAAAUGAUCUACGGACUGAUCUCAGAACUCCAACAAAACAGCCUAUUUAUAAGUGGUAAAAUACAGAAGGUGCAUAGUGCAAAUGAAGUCCGAUGGGGGAAAAUGGAGCUAGCAAAGCAUGGUCACUGACUGGUUAAUCUCAUCACCCAGAAUAACACUGAAUAUCAAGACAAUGUGGGGUGAAUGAACACACAACGACAGACAUUAUAACAACAGCAACUACAACCACACUGCUAGAGAAUGUUGCAGUCCUUGAUCAGUGCUGUUUCUUGCAAUGUUAAGGUUGAAUCGCUGCACCCAGAAACAAGUCUCGCAGUGUUAAGUCCGUCCUGAGAGACUAUUGACUGUUCAAGAUAUAGGUUCUCCAUUGGUCAGAAGAGGGGAUGCUGUCCACAACACACUACAACAAAUAAUUUCCAGACACAGUCAGAUCACAUGCAUAGUGCAGAAGAAUUGCACUAGAGCAAGCAUGAUGGGGGAAAGAUGGGAGCUGGGUAAAGCAUGGUUACUAACUGACUGACUUCAUUAUAUAGGAUCUCAAUCUCCAUUGUCUCUGACAGGGUUGGUGGGUUGGUCACGGCACACAAUCAUCAGAGGGCACGGUUGCAUCACGGUUGUCUUACGGUCACAGAGGUUCAUGGUUCGUGGUUCUUCACCCUAUCCACGCCAUCAAUACACACACACAAACACACACACACACACACAACUCAGCCUUGAUGCUCUGCUCUCCCAACAUUCUACUACAGAGACUAUAGUUCACAAGACAGGAGUGAGGGAGGCGGACAUCUUUUUUAAAAUAUUUUAUGUCUUAAGGUUUGUGUCUUACAGCCAAUCCGCAUUCCUUCUUUAUUACCUUGCCUGCAGUCAGAAGUUUGUCAGCCAUUUUUUAAAACUGUUGUUGACUUGGUUUGUUUACUUCUUUUAUUGGAUACAUUUUAAAAGUGAAAUAUGUUCGAUAGAUUUUUUUAACGACCACUUGUUUGUUUGUUUUUAGGAAAGAAUGUUCUCUGUUUCCCUCUAGAGGGAUAAGUGACGGGAUGCUGUCUGAAGGUUGGGGGUUUGGGGGGU